AUGUUCAAGAGUGAGACCAUGUUGACCGUCCCAGAGUUUUACUCCAGGAGGAAGCAGUUUGUCGGGCAAUCCUCCACCCGGCUGGAUCAAUGUGGAUUACGAUUGGGAAUGUGGUACUGGAAAGAUGAAACAAAAACUCUGGAAUUUAGAAGUUUCACACCUGCAAUAGAACUCAAGGAGAAAGGCAAGAAAGGGAAGGCGGUUCACUUUGCUGAGAUGGACGGCGGAGCUUCAGAAAGGUUGACUGAUAAAAGGUUCGCCUCAAGGGAUGAAAAGUCGGCUAAGGCUCUGGAGAAACGAGGUCAGCAGGGCAAUGUCACGCUGGACGACGUCAAGUUUGUCGCGUUGCUGUCGCUCCAAGACACUGAAAUGCAGCGGAUCUGCUCCUUCACCACAUUUAUGAGGAAUAAGAAUCUCGACAGCUUCCUCAUGGCGCUGCUGUACUAUCUGUCCUACUAUCUGGAGAGACUCUCAAUGGAAAAGAAACCCCAAAGCUACAUGGUAGGCCUGGUAGAGAAGAAAGAGAUAGAGCUGGUUAUGAACAAGUUAGAAGAUGCACAGAAGUACCUGGCCCAGAAGUACUGCAUCCUCGUGCUGGGCGUGGGCAUGGCGGAUAAGCAUCACAUGAACUGUGGAAAGGAGAAAAUAUCAGACACACAGAAAGACUGGAAAUUCUUUGAGUCCUUUUAUACCUUCUGCACAUGCAUAGCCUGGAUUGUCUUCCGACGUCAGUACCUGACGGAGAUCGAGGAAGAGGUAGGCCGGCUGUUUCGGACCAAUAUGUUCAACAUUCCCCGAAGGAAGCGUGAGGACAAAGAGUCAGGGGGAGAAAAGAAGCGCAUGACGUUGGUACAAUUCAGGAGGAUGAUGGCAAAACGUCCAGCAAUUAAAAAGGCCAUGGACAUGCGCUCCCCAGUUUUGUCUACACUGCUGCCAUCUCUCAGAGAAAAAGCUCAACAUAUCGUUGAGAAAAAAUAUGUGGCAGGCAUCAAACUCCAGCCCAGAGUGGAGAAGGAGAUAACAAGUGUGGAGUCUGUGGCCAUGCCAAUAGUUGGCAUCCUGGGGGAGCCUCGAAAUCUGUUCAACCCGCAUACUCUCCUCCCCCUUGAAUCGGAAGAAAAUGUAAAACCAAAUGGAAGAAGUUCUUCCAUAAUAGAGAGAAACAACACCAGGAUUCAGGAUACACUGAAUAUGGUUAUGUCAAAACUAGCUUCACAAAGCACCUGCCCUAAAUAAUCUUGUUGGUUCCAGUUCCUUACCUAGGUCUCUAUAUUUGA